AGCAAAUACAAUUACAAACACAUCCUUAAGCGGUGCUAUCAGAGUACAAGAAUGGCUUUGGCAUCAAUUUCCCGCGUCAAUGGCCGAGUCGGCACCCGCGUCGCUGCCGCCGCUCGCCGUGUGACUGUGGCGGUUCGUGCCGCCCAUAACCCCGCCGCCAUCACUAAGAAGGUUUAUUUCGAUGUCGACAUUGGCGGUAACAAGGCGGGCCGGAUUGUGAUCGGCCUGUACGGCAAUGACGUACCGAAGACCGUUGAGAACUUCCGGGCGUUGUGCACUGGCGAGAAGGGCUUCGGCUACAAGGGUUCACCUUUCCACCGCGUUAUCAAGCAGUUCAUGAUUCAGGGCGGCGACUUCACGAACGGUAACGGCACCGGCGGAAAGUCCAUUUACGGCCGCACCUUCGCCGACGAGAACUUCAAGUACCGCCACACCGGCCCGGGCAUCCUGUCUAUGGCCAAUGCGGGCCCGGGUACCAACGGCAGCCAGUUCUUCAUCUGCACCGUCCCCACUCCCUGGCUCGACGGCCGUCACGUGGUCUUCGGUGAGGUGGUGGAGGGCAUGGAUGUGGUGGCCAAGGUGGAGGGCUUUCCAACUGGAAGAGGGGACCGACCUGUGGAGCCCAUCACCAUCGGGGAGUGCGGCGAGCUGUGAGGGGGUCAGAAGAUGGAGAUGACGAUGAUGACGAUGGUGGUGGUGGUACUGGUGCAGGAAUAUAACAGAGGUGUGUGAAGAUGGUGGUGAUGAAGAUGGUGGUGAUGGUGAUGGAGGAAUGUAACAAGAAACCUCGGGAUAAAAAGUACAGAAAGAGCGGAGUAAGCUGCGGGGCUCGCGAAGGAGGCGGCCUGCAAAGGGACGAGGAGCCGUUGGUACAGAAGAAGAGUGUUAGAGGCUGUUGUUGACUUUGUCAACUACCCAACAACCCAACGGAGGUAACAGCUCUUUUGAAGGAUCGUGUUGUGUUGUUCUACGACGCGACGAGGAGAAAGGGGAAGCUGUCUGUUUGUCUGUCUGUAAGAGCGUUCAUACUCCACAAGCCCCGGCGCGCCCCGGAGCUGUUCUGCGAAGGUUUGGUGGGGUGGAAUGGAUGGAUGGAGGGGUUUUAGGGUUUCGUGUUGGUGGGGGAGAAGCGGCUUUCGGGGCCCAGCCGGGGAAAUACGAGAAGAUGUGUAUGUGGUGUGGUGUGUGUGUGGGGGGGGAAAACCAGUGUUGGAAAAAAAGGAUUCAUACCGUGUAUUUUGGGCCGAGCCGCAAAAGCCGCUUUUCUCCUCCACAACUCCUUGUGCUUUGACAGACAGCAGGGACGCUUGGUAGCUCAGCUGGCUGUCUGCUAGUUGACGGUGUGGCCUUAAAAAUGCUGAUUGUUGACGAUGGGGGAAUAUAUCAUUGUGCGGGGGCGGAAACGGAAUAUGUGGCAACAUGGUGGCUGGGGACGAGAUGAUAGGAUAGAUAGAAAGCCAGGCGUAGAUCAUCGUUUCGAUUCAUAGUCUGUGCUAUGUUAUGUAUGUGAGACAUGUUUCGGAUCGGCAACAGGGCCUAAACAUCUGUAACGCCGUUUCUUAUU